UGUUUGAUUUCGUGUCUAAGGAAUGGCAGCGAAGUACCGACGAGGAGCAAGAUAUGUGGACUAACACCGUUCAUUGAUGCAGCUGGAGUGUUGAGAGUUGGAGGCAGGCUGGAGAAUUCUGGUUUAAGCUUCAACAGAAAGCAUCCAAUUCUAUUGGGGAAAGGUUGUCUGGUGGAUCGAAUAAUUGAUGGCAUCCAUACAGAAACGCUACAUGGAGGUGCGAAACUCAUGGAAAAUGAACUACGCAGCAGAUAUUGGGUGAUUGGUGCCAAAAAUGCCAUCAAGAGAGCAGUUCGGUCAUGCGUCAAAUGUUUGCGUUAUAGGCGAGAAACUGCGGCUCAAUUAAUGGGUAACCUACCAGAAAGCAGAGUUUGUGUGUCUCAUCCAUUUGAUCACACAGGAAUUGAUUAUGCAGGUCCUAUUCAAAUGAAGGUGUCUAAAGGAAGAGGACAGCGAGCUUACAAAGGAUACAUAGCUGUAUUUGUUUGUAUGGCAACCAAAGCAUUACAUUUGGAGGCAGUCAGCGAUCUAACAACAGAAGCGUUUUUGGCUGCGCUACGGCGAUUCUUCAGUAGAAGAGGAAAAAGUAGCCAUAUAUAUUCGGACAAUGGCACUAAUUUCGUGGGAGCGGCAAGACAUCUGGAUAAAGAGUUCGUCAAAGCGGUGCAGCAAAAUUCAGACGUGGCUCAUAUAUUAGCAUCUGAGCGAAUACAGUGGCACUUUAUUCCGCCCGGAGCUCCUCACUUCGGAGGAUUGUGGGAGGCUGCCGUGAAGUCUGUGAAGCACCAUUUGAGACGGGUUGUUGGUGAAACGAAAUUAACGUAUGAGGAAAUGGCAACGUUUUUGUCGCAGAUAGAAGCUGUUCUCAACUCUCGUCCCUUGUGUCCACUCAGUGAGGACAACUGCGAGAUUUUAACGCCAGGACACUUUGUAGUCGGAAGACCAUUGCUAAGUAUUCCAGAAAGAGGCGUGGAGAAUAAACUGGGAUCUUUAGACAGGUGGAAAAUAAUUCAAAGAAUGCGGGAUGAUUUCUGGAAACAGUGGCGCAAUGACUAUCUGAGUAGUCUUCAGCAGAGAGUAAAAUGGAAAACUCCAGUACCAAAUAUCAAGGUUGGACAGAUGGUGAUAGUGAGGGAUGAAAAUACUGCUCCUGGAAGGUGGCCUUUGGGAAGUAUUGCGGAAGUACAUAAAGGCAAAGAUGGAAAGGUUCGAGUCGCUACAGUAAAGGUCGCUAAACAAAAGGGGUUGUUAAAACGGCCCAUACACAAGUUAUGCCCGCUGGAGAUAUUCGCUAAUGGUGGUGAAAAGGAAGCCGACAUUGAAGUGUCGCAGACAUAUAUUUGCAAAUUACCUCAAAAAAGAAAAAUAAACGUAGCAAUGAUGUUAUGGAUGAUCAUGGCAAUGAUGGCAAGUGUUCAAUCGAUGUCAACCUCAAUUACCGGCGGUGCGAUAAAAGAAUUGGGAAAUGACACAAUCAUUUAUAUGGAUAAAAUUGGCAGAAUCAACCGAGUAACAUCGUCAUGGAACCUUAUGACAUAUUUCGAUCUGCACGGGUAUUUUGUCACGGUGAAUCAUCUGGAUAAGGGUCUAGAAGCGUGUAAAUCAUUAUGUGUUCGGCUGAGAUCGUUCGAGCAGCAGUGCGACACGCAGAUGGAUAUUAUGACGAACAGACUGAACACUAUAGAUGAGAACCACUUGUUACUCUCACACAAAAAACGUCAACGAAAUAAAAGGGCUCCUUUAGAGUUUGUUGGGUCUCUUUUCCACAUUCUUUUCGGAGUAAUGGAUGCGGACGACAGAGAGAGUAUGGAAGCAAAUAUGAAAAAUGUACUUGAAAAUCAGCACAACUUGAAAUAUUUGGCUGAGAAGCAAACGUCUGUGGUGGAAGCAACGCUUAAUGUGCUGAAAAAGACCACGGAUGAAAUAAAUGGACAGUUUAAAGAGCUGAAUGAGAAGGUGCAAAACAUAAGUCAGAUGCUGAACACUGACUAUUCCCUCUUCAAAAAGGCGAUGGACUUCUUCGCGGUAGCCGAUCAACUUAGCAGCUUGUUUACUGAAGUGGAACAUAUUCAAGCCAGGGUAAUUGGCUUAUUAAUUGACAUCAACCAUGGAAAAGUAAAUCCAAAUUUAGUACGGCCAAACCAGUUGCAGGCAGAGGUGAUGAAAAUAAAGGAUCAGCUACCUAAAGGACUAAGGUUGCCUGGUGAGAAGGACAAUGUGUUGCAGGCAAUAUACAAGGUGAUGACGGCGCAUGGUCUGCUGGUGGAAGAAAAAUUAGUGAUUGACGUGCAGAUUCCCUUGGUAGAAAAAUCAUCAGCAGAAAUAUUCCGCGUCGUACCACUGCCGAUGGUGAGAAACGGAACCGCAAUGGUAGCAGCUUUAAGACAGCAGUUCCUGGCCUACAACUAUGAAAUGGAUGCUUAUCAUCUACUGUCGCAGUCAUUGAUGAACCAAUGUCAGCUAACUGGUGAAGAUGAAUUUCUUUGCAGAGGCAACUGGGCCUGGGAAGACGCCAACGAUCAUUCAUGUGAGCUAGCAGCGCUUAAGCCAACAAGUAAAUAUGGCUGCCAGUUUUUGAAGACUCAGAACAGGAAUUUUUGGAUUGAGCUGAAGACAAGAGGGUCAUGGUUGUUUAAAACUAAAGAUCAAGUUUCGGCCCAUAUUCUAUGUGCUGAGCGCACUAAAGGAGUAUUUGAAUUACCAGGCCUAGGUAUCAUCACUCUCCAGCCUGGGUGUACUGCUAGGAUUGGACGAACCGUAUUAACUGCGUCACAAGAAGCAAAAACUGAGAUGUCCUAUAAUUCCACAUCAUAUAUCUUGAGAGAGGUGAAGGACAUAGCGAUGGUGGACGAGCUAAACUACAAUAAAAUCGAUCAUUCGUCAACGAUUCAAGGAUUGGAGGAAGAAAUUAAAAUGAUGAAGGCGAAUCCGAUCCACCUUAAGGAGCUAUCAUGGCAUCACAUCAGUGGUCAUAUUUCACUAAUCUUAAUAAUAUUAUUUUUAAGUUAUGUAAUCUAUAAGUAUUUAACAAGAGAAAGUAACAUAGUUGUUGUUCGUCCUCGGGAUGUUUAGAUUUUAACAUAUAUAUUUGAAUUACAGUCCAUUUUGCUGAAUUUUUACAGUUUAUAAGUAGAGCUAUUUCAUAAUUAGUUUUGGCCGCCCGCAGAAUGUUUAGAUUUCUAAACAUGGGAUAUUAGUUGAUGUGUGUCAUGGAAAUGUUUUAGCCUUGAGAACGAAUAGAUAAGAUACUUUCCAUUUUUUGUUUAUUUUCAUGAGGAACCCUCGUGUUCCCGUAUUCCCUCAGUUUAGCUGCACCAAGGCAACCAAAAACCCCACACGAGCUGCUAAGUCAGCGCAUUGGACACCUUAUUCUAGACACCUUAUUCAUUUGGUUGCACCCAAACCAACUACUUACAACCAUUCAUGGGAAACCUUCAUGCUCCCGUAUUCCCACAAGUAACACGAGCCGCCUAUUCAACACCCCACUACAGGUUAAUAGCCCAAUAUUCUACACGGGCCACUGUGUCAGCAAGAAAUGCAAUGGCAACGUUGGCAGAGCGACAGCGGCGCAACAUAAUGUGGUGGCUUAGUUUUAAGUAACAGCAUUAUUGUAAGCUCAGUUUUUAACUCAUACUCAAUGAAUAAAGUUUAAUCCAUUCAUUAAAAAUAAUUUAUAUAAGGAUGAGAUUUUGAAGAAAUAAAUGAGUAUCAAAAAAGUA